CACCUUAAAGAUCUAAAUCUCUAUUUUAAAUCACCAUUAGAAAUGCCCGUAGUAAAGGUUUUGAAAACAAACCCACACCACACCUUCAUGUGCUGUUGACUGUUGAGCUUUCAAAAAUUCAAAUUUAACACCCUACCUUCUAUUUAGUUGGAUUGUCAUUUCCAAGUCGAAACUUAUACAGCAAAAAAUAAAACAUUUUUGCCUAUUCUUUAAUAUAUUGGUCGCAGGUCAUUAUACAACCCACCACAUUUUGCCAUUUACCCGCACCAAAGCUUCUCCACAGGCACACCAUUGCAUGAACCAACAUCUUUUUUGGCUAUUCCCAGUUUGUGUUUCCGAGAUGAGCUGAUUGGAAUCAAGGGACAAGUUUAAAGGGAAGACCAAAUGCAAAUGAAAUAAGAUAAGCAGACAGCAGAAUGAGAGAUGUCCAAGCAGGCCGGCCAUUGGGAAAUUUCGUUUUUGUCUAGUAUAUGCUAGGCUCCAUAUUCCAUACUGUCACUCAGCUUUUAGAGAAAUAGAAAUGGGUUGGAAUGAUUGGCUUAAGAAAAAGAUUUGCCUAAAGCGACGGAAGGAAACUAAAAAAGAGCAAGUGGAGAGUGCACCCAAAAAAUCAAAUGGCUGCAAGGGGAAAAAUCAUUCUGCUGAAGUGCCUGGAAAUCUUGCCAAUGGCAUUUCAACGAAGAAUAAGCAACUGACUGAGGACGAUGCUGCCAGGCAAAUUCAGAAGGCCUUCAAAGCAUACAUUGCAAGAAAACGUCUGCCUCGUUUGAAAGGAAUAGGUAGAAUUCAAGAUGUCGUAGAUGGCAUUGCUGUUAAAAACCAAACAUCAUCUGCUUUGAGUCAUAUACAUUUUUGGAGCAAAAUUCAAGCAGAGAUUAGAUCUCGCUGGAUUUCCAUGGUUACUGAAGGCCGGAUGAAGCAAAAGAAACUUGAGAAUCAGUUGAAACUUGAGGCAAAACUCCAUGAAGUAGAGGUAGAAUGGUGUGGUGGCUCUGAAACCAUGGAAGAAAUUCUCAACAGGAUACAGCAGCGAGAAGAAGCAGCAGCCAGAAGGGAGCGAGCCAUGGCAUACGCCUUUUCUCAUCAGUGGAGGGCGAAUUCGAGCCAGUACCUUGGUCAAACUUAUUAUGACCUUAGCAAAGACAACUGCGGGUGGAGCUGGAAGGAGCGAUGGAUAGCUGUCCGUCCAUGGGAGAAACGGGUCGAAGUGAGUUCUACCAUGCCAAAGAAAGUCGGCAGCAAGCAAAAGACCAGUAAAACUACGAACUUAGCCAAAACGAACAUCAUUGUUUCAGUUAAACCACAUUUGUCCAAUGGAAAGGAUCCUACUCAUGCAAGAAAAAAUUCUAGCCAAACUAUUAUGAAGCAAGCUUCCCCCGAUGCAAAUCUCGAGUAGCAAGUUCGUCCGACUGAAAGAAACAAAAUCCAAUAAGUUUGAUCUAAUAUCUUAUUCCUUUGUGAAAAAAUAUAUUCAGUGAUUACGUAAUUAAACUAUGAACUUGGACUUGAGGGUUGUAAGUUGUUUGGAGUGUGCAUAUGAAGUUUCUAGAGAAAAUUGCUUGUUCCCCAAUAGUAUGUUCUGUCUACAUUUCAUUGAUAUAUGUUUGGCUAAGCUUGAAAGUUUAUUUUUAACUAAAUUUUUAUUUCUAACGAAGAAUAAAUGUUAUACUA